UAACCGUCCCUCAAAAUCUGUGUGGCCCUUUCUUCCUCUGUCUCUGUCUAACGAGACUCCCUCUGCGCCGCCGCCACCGCCACCGCCACCGCCGCCGCCGCAGCCGCCUCUCCCUAAGCUUGCCGCCGCACCUCUCGCCGGCGGAGUUUGCAGUCAUAACAGACAGGAGCUUCUUCCUUCUCUUUCAGGAUUGUUCAACUUUUCUCCGCCGACCUCUCUGCCUCUCUCUCGCUGUCGCUCUGUUAAAGGUUUUCUUGAAUGGCGACGUUUAAUCUCUCUACUGGAGUGCCCAUAUUGAGAUCAGAUUCUGCCAGAGUCUCCGACCGCCUUGCCUCCUGUAGAACAGUUGCCGAUGCUUUUGCUCUUGAACCGAAGAAUGGAAGGAUGUGUUUGCAAUCGAAAAUCUCUCCGAUUAGAUGCAGGAGCAUUGCUGAGCAGCGGGAAGUUGAAACGUGUGAUGGUUCUCUUGAUACGGAUCAGGACGUUUCGAACUCUCCCAUCAAGCUUCAGUCCAAUGGAUUUCCUCUUAGCAGGACGAAAUUAACGACAAAUUCUCGAAGGAAAACUAAGAUAGUCUGCACCAUUGGUCCUUCCACAAGUUCACGCGAAAUGAUAUGGAAAUUGGCAGAGACUGGGAUGAACGUGGCACGUUUAAACAUGUCCCAUGGAGAUCAUUCUUCCCACCAGAAAACCAUUGAUUUGGUUAAGGAAUAUAACGCUCAAUUUAAAGACAAAGUUAUUGCCAUUAUGCUUGACACGAAGGGCCCUGAGGUUCGAAGUGGAGAUGUACCUCAACCAAUCUUGCUCAAAGAGGGGCAAGAAUUUAACUUCACAAUCAAAAGAGGAGUCAGCACAGAAGACACUGUUAGUGUUAACUAUGAUGACUUUGUGAAUGAUGUCGAAGUUGGAGAUAUCUUACUUGUCGAUGGUGGAAUGAUGUCAUUGGCUGUUAAGUCGAAGACAAAGGAUUUGGUUAAAUGUGUAGUCAUUGAUGGUGGCGAACUCAAAUCGAGGCGUCAUUUGAAUGUCCGUGGAAAAAGUGCAACAUUACCUUCUAUAACAGACAAGGACUGGGAAGAUAUAAAGUUUGGGGUGGAUAAUCAGGUUGAUUUUUAUGCUGUUUCUUUUGUAAAGGAUGCUAGAGUGGUCCAUGAGCUGAAGGACUAUCUGAAAAGCUGUAAUGCAGAUAUUUAUGUGAUUGUAAAAAUUGAAAGUGCGGACUCAAUACCGAAUCUUCAUUCAAUACUUUCAGCGUCAGAUGGGGCAAUGGUUGCUCGUGGAGACCUUGGGGCUGAACUUCCAAUCGAGGAAGUCCCUUUAUUGCAGGAAGAAAUUAUUAAAAGGUGUCGUAGCAUGCAGAAACCAGUUAUUGUAGCAACGAACAUGCUGGAAAGCAUGAUUGAUCAUCCCACACCAACCAGAGCCGAGGUAUCUGAUAUUGCUAUUGCAGUACGAGAAGGUGCUGAUGCAGUCAUGCUUUCAGGAGAAACUGCUCAUGGAAAGUAUCCAUUGAAGGCUGUGAAAGUGAUGCAUUCUGUGGCAUUGAGGACUGAAUCUAGUUUACCGAUUGGUUCUACUGCUCCAAACCAAUUGAGUGUCCACAAGAGCCAGAUGGGAGAAAUGUUUGCCUUUCACGCAACCACCAUGGCCAAUACACUUAAUACUCCUAUCAUCGUCUUUACAAGAACGGGCUCCAUGUCUAUACUCUUAAGUCAUUACAGGCCUUGCUCUACUAUCUUUGCCUUCACUGACGACGAAAGAAUUAAACAGAGGCUGGUGCUUUUUCAUGGGGUCAUGCCCAUCUACAUGAAGUUUUCAAAUGAUGCAGAAGAGACGUUCUCCAGAGCACUCAACCAAUUGCUGGAUAAGGGUCACGUGAUAGAAGGAGACCACGUUACCCUUGUCCAAAGUGGAGCUCAACCAAUCUGGCGGAAAGAAUCUACUCACCAUAUUCAAGUACGUAGGAUCCAAGGUUGAUUUUGCUAGUAAAAGGAGGCUUUGUUGUUUUGUUCUUUCUCAUUUUUGGACGUUAUUCUGCAUAAGAUAAGUAAUAGUUUUGUAAUGUUAUGACAAAAUUGGCCUAUUUAUUAGACAUUUCUUGAUGAUUCAGAUUGGUAAUAUACAUUUCUAUAGCUUGAA